AUGACUAUCAAACAAUUCAACGAGACGGAUGAGGUUGUGAUAAGCAAGGAGAAGCUUCAUUUCUUCGUGAUGCAAUGCUUAAGCAAAUCGGGAUGCAGUGUGGAGCACGCGCGCGAGCUUGCCGAGACUUUGAUGUAUUCCGAUUAUCGCGGUCAUUAUUCGCAUGGAAUCAAUCGAUUGCAUAUAUAUGUGCAUGAUUUGAUGACUAAAUCGACGGCAUUGAGUGGUGAGCCAAAAAUUCUGAAGCAAAAAGGCUCAACGGCGUGGGUUGACGGAAAUAACGUGUUGGGACCAGUUGUCGGGAAUUUCUGUAUGCGAUUGGCGGUGAAUAUGGCGAAGGAGUUUGGAAUUGGUUGGGUUGUUGCCAAGAACUCGAACCAUUUCGGAAUUGCCGGAUGGUACGCAGAUUUUGCUGUUCAGCAUGGACUUGUGGGAAUGGCGUUUACGAACACCUCACCUUGUGUGUUCCCCACCGGAUCGUCGGAGAAAUCGCUUGGAUCGAACCCAAUUUGCGUUGCCGCGCCCGCCGUCAACGGCGACUCGUUUUUUCUGGAUAUGGCGUCGACGACGGUAGCCUACGGAAAGAUCGAGGUUGCUGAUCGCAAAGGAGAGACGUGGAUUCCGAACGCUUGGGGUGCUGAUAGCGAAGGCAACGAGACUCAUGAUCCAAAGGCGGUUCUCAAUGGUGGCGGUCUACAGCCGCUUGGCGGAUCGGAGAUCACCGGCGGCUACAAAGGCACCGGGUUGUGCAUGAUGGUCGAGAUGUUGUGCGGUAUCAUGGGCGGCGCGGCGUUCGGAAAAAAUAUUCGCCAAUGGCAGACGACGUCGAAGAACGCCGAUUUGGGGCAGUGCUUCGUCGCGAUUGAUCCCGAAUGCUUUGCGCCCGGAUUCUCCGAGCGACUUCAACAAUUUGUGGAUGAGACGCGAAAUUUGAAGCCGAUCGAUCCGACGCGACCAAUUCAGUGUCCGGGAGAUCCGGAAAGAGCGCACAUGGCAAUGUGCGACUUUUUAGAUGGUAUCGUAUACAAAAAGAAGCAGCUUGUCCACUUGAAGGAGCUCGCUGACCGCUUGGAGGUUCCUAUGAAUUUGGACUAA